AUGGAAAACCUUGAAGAUGAACUGUACGCGAUGCACUCUGAGAAAGCAAAAGGAAAUUUCAGCAGUGAAAAUGAUGAAGUCUCGCAUAAUGGUGUGCCAGCGGAAAAAGUGCAUUCAGUCAUUCUGAACCUUUCAAAUGAGCUCAACGACGCGACAAGCGAUAAUGCUCGACACAUGCAGCAAUCAACCUGUUCCAUGACGACUAAGGUGAUUGAUCCCAUCUCCAUCAAAGAUGAUCAGUACACGUUUUCUAUGGAAAAGGUUUUCACUGAUCGUACGGACGACGACUCCCAUGCUUUGAUUGCCUAUCAAACCUCGCGCCCUUAUUUUAAGUUCGACAGCCACAAGAGGAGGACUGCUCAUGGCGUCGUGUAA